UUUCGUCCAAAAGUCACAAUCAUAACAGUCCGGAUUUGACCACAUCAUCAACACAAUUGUGGUUCACGAUGGCUGCCAACCGCUCUUCAAGCGAUUCAAGCGGAGGUGCCCUACUUCGCUCAGGUGCUCUCGAGGCCACUCCUCAGCAGGACGACAGGGAGUCUACCAGAAGCAGCGAGUCUCCUACUGACGACGAAAUGGCAUUGGUCCAAGCCAGCGAUAAAUUCAACCGUCUAGCCAACGAUGCUCACGGAUAUCGCCCUUUGGUCGCUGCUGAUGAAUACCACCAAGGUCAUCAGCUUCAGCGCCCUCCGACCACCCAUCCCGGCCAGUCUCCAUUCGGACAGAACAUAGGCGUACCUCCUAACAUUGCUAGCAGUCCUCUCUAUCGUGGGUUUGGAGAUAUACAGGCCCGCCUCGUCACUGCGCAGCAAUAUGUCCGCAUCACUCCUGGUUUCACCAAUGAGCAGGCACAAACCGUUCAGCAGCUUCUGGUGGGGGUUGGACAAGACUUGACUCGUUUUGCUACUACGGUCAUCCAGGAGCACACGAAGAGCCAGCACCAGGCAGGCGAUCUGCGUGUACAAUAUGAGAAAGCGCAGAACGAGCUUCUCUCAAGACGGAAGCAGAUUUUAGAGCUUCAAGAACAGUACAAAGAGCUUGCUCUGGAGAAAGACCUCGAAGCCAAGACAGUUGCCAGUCUUGAGAGACAGAUCGAAAGUCACCAAGGUGAGGUGAAGCGCCUUCAGAAGCUUACUAAAGACUACGAUCAUAAGCAUGCGAAGCAAGUUCAGUCCCUUGAGGAUGAGAUAAAGUCUCUCCGAUUGUCUCAAGGAACCAACAUGCAGCUAGUCAAGCUGUCGAAUACCCCCCAAAACAAGGCAUCACAUGAAGACCCCGACAGGGAUGAAGAGCAGAGCUUGAAGAAAAACAGAACUCCUGCACCUGAGCGUCGCAAGUCGUCUCUCGAUCCCACUGCACCAGAGUUUGGUCCAAGAAGCUCAAAGACCGACCAUUCUAAGGAGAUGCUGCCGCUACUUCGCAAGUAUGCUAAUGAAGGCGCAGCUAAGGCCGCAGGCCGAGGCCUGGAGUCUCAAGACUCUCGUGCUUACGGUAAUAAUAGCAACAAGUUCGAGCCAUCAAGACAUACACCUACCAGAAUGGGCUUCCGUGGAGGUUCAUCUGGUUUCUCGUCUGGUCCAAACAACGCUUUCAACGCCAACUCCAGAGCUCUCGUGCCAUCUAAUCCUCAGCAGCAGGGUCGCUUUAGAUCGACCGCUGAAUUUAUCAACGUCGAUCACAGCAAGCUCCAGAACAAAGUCGAGUGGAGCGCAGAAGACGUCACGCUUGGCUUUGUGCGUCUCUUUGGCAUGAUUGAGGGACUGGUUGCCCAACAUCACGUCCAACCGCCCUUCAACGAGAGUGAUAACAUGCUGAUGAUGUCUCAUCCCGCCACUUGGAACUACAUCCUCUCAAUGGGCCUGAAGAACCAGGCUCAGAGCGCUUCUCACAUGCUUGACCUGCUUACCAGGUUUGACUACCGUCACUAUGUCAUGAAGCGCAUCAUUCUCGACUACAUCAUCAAUCGAAUCAUCGUCCCUGAAGUUUUCUUUGGCUUCAAUGAAGCCAUCGACAAUCACCUAAAUGUCCUGCAGAAUCGCAUGAAGUCGCGCGUGCCCGGUCAGAAUGGCCCGAAUAUUGCCCGUCCACAGGGGCUUGAGAGACAACGAAUUGUCACUGAUCAUGCCAAGGUGAUUCAGUUCAUCAUCGAAGCACCUGAGCAUGAAGACUUCAAGAAGCGCAUGGUUGCUAAGCACACGCAAAUGCUUUCCAGCAUCCUUAGACCUGUGCGAAGUUGCUCCGUCGAGGAUGAGCAGGCCGACAAAGCCUUGUCCAUUGUGGUCAAUGCUGCUUACACUGUGUCAACAAGGAUCUGGGUCUCUGGCAUGACCCUACACUAUUAUUUCCCUGAGACUGGUAGCAAGUUUGCUUACGGAACCAUGCGUUCUCUCAACUAUGUCGACGUCCCUAGUGACCAGAUGCAAUACCAGCAGUACCGCAUAAUGCUCGUCGUCACACCUACGCUGAGUUUGCGGGAUGAUCGUGACAUGGAUCGUCUUCGAACGCAUGAACUCCUCAAGGCCGAUGUGCUUGUCAUGCGUUGAGCACCCUUGUCAGUCCUAAACCAGACAACCGCGCCAUCCAUUCUUACCAAAUUAUCAAGGGUUUUCGGUUUUUUUUCAGGGCGGCACGACUCUUUCUUUCCACGUCGAGUCGUGUGACGC